AGCACACAGUUAGAGGUGGACGAAACACUUUUGUAUAUGAUAAACAGCCUGCGCCUGUCUUCAAUGUGUCCCGUCAUGGAGCUGGAGAAGAGCGUUAGUGCCGCUUUAGUUUCCCAAAACGCUGCAGCCUUGAUCCAACACCAGUGUCGCGCUCUCGUUGGUCCCAGCUCGCCCAGCGUCAUCCUUGCGUACAAAAACACGACACAAAGACUCGGAGCCACCGGGCUCAAUGUCAGCACCCUCUCUAGAGCAGGAAUGGGCAUCUUGAAAUUGGCCACGACGCAGCUCAAGCAGCAGGAAAUGAAAGCCAGGGUGAUGCGGGCGUCCAGUCUUGCCAAGCCGCAUCCGUCCAUCGACAGCAGCCAAUGCAAAAAAUCCCCAAUGGACCAGCUGGCAGCGCUGCUCUUGCACGGACACACGUGUCUGCAGCAGUUGGGGAAGGAGUUUCAGUGCGGCACCAAGCCGCAGAACAGCAGGCGCAUCGUGGUGCUCGGCGCGCCGCGGGUCGGCAAGACCUCCAUCCUACGCCGGUUUCUCCGCGAUGACUUUGACGAGCACUACGAGCCCACGUGUGAAGACUUCCACAGGAAACUUUUCCACAUCCGCGGAGAAACCUACCAGAUAGACAUCCUGGACGCGUCCGGGGAGAGGAGCUUCCCUGCAAAGAGGAGGCUGUCCAUUCUGACCGGUGAUUUAUUUCUGCUCGUCUUCAGUCUGGACGACCGCAGUUCGUUUGAGGAGGUGCGCGCUCUGCAUGCCGAGAUUGUAGCAGCCAAAACAGCAUUGCUGAGGUCCAAGCAGAAAGUCUGCGUGCCCACGGUGAUCUGCGCGAACAAAGUAGACUUGCCCUCCGAACAGCACGCGGUGUCACGGACUGAAGUCUUGCGUGCGUUUGGAGACGAUAGUGCUCUGUUCGAGACCUCCGCCAAAGACAGUGUGAAUCUGGAGAAGUUGUUUGAAGCGCUGGCGAAGAACGGCGGACUCCCGCUGGAGACUGGACCCUCCAAGCACCGAAAAGUGUCCAUCCGGUCGUACCAGGCGCUCCGGGCGGGUCGGCUGGCGGAGAAAGGGAGCAAAGCGGCGGCAUGCGACACUCCGUGCGGUGCGCUCUAUCCUCUUGCCCGCAGACCGAGUUUCGGCACCGACCUGCGGCUGGUACUUGGUCCUAAUGGGAAUAAAAAGCAAAGCAAAACACUGGACAAGUGUCAGAUACAGUGAAAAGAAAGACUGAAAAAGAUAUCUGCUUUGAUAAACAACCCGUAAUUCUCACAGAUAUGUUGAACAAUUCAUUUGUUGAAUGACUGUAAUUGUGAUGCUGUGCAAUAGGAUGUCAAAAAUAACGAUAUUAAAUAAA